UAGUACAUCCAGCACAAAUCUGACGGGGUGUAGGCACCGAUGGAGGAGUUCAGAUCAGCUACCAGAGUUGGUUGUGUAAUGAUGAACCAGGAGAAGGCCUAGUCAUUCCGACCUCACUGAGAAUUUCUUACAUACAGUCUUGGAUUUUACUCUUUUUACCUUGGUUCUCUACUUGAGGCCUUCGAAGCCUCGGGCUAGAUUUGGCGACACACCGAGCCCAGUGCAAGAAGACAUAUGAGGGAUUGUUUGGAAAGUGUCAUACAAUGUAUUUGCAAGAAUUUAGCGGUUUGAAGUCGUAACGUAUUUAUUCUGAAUAGUCAGUUGUGUUUACACGACAGCCCAAGGUGGAAUCAUUGUGGAGUAGAAGAAAGUUAACUAGUUAGCUAGCUUGCUGUAAUGCUAGUUAGCUACUUAGCGGUGAAACUCUUGCAUGUUGAAUGAAUGAAUGAAUGAAUUGGCGACCACCUGGAUUUAACUAGCAGCUACUUGCUGUUAUUACAAGGACACAUCGAAUAUUACUAUAAGACGACACUAAUUUUCCUGAACAACCUAACACUAUAUACCCACAAAUGGACAGGAAUGCGAUUCCUGGGAGUUGGACAGCGGCGAUUUAGCAAACAAAGAUAGUGUGGUGUUAAUACUGACUAUAGCCUGGUAAUGUUUAUGACGCUGGGGAAAGCUGACUUUAGCUAGCUACAAAUAUUUGCACUACUGGGACUUGGCUGCAAUAGUGUGAAGCUCACACACGGUUUGGAAUGGGGAACACGGUGUCAUGCUGCGUCUCUCCCGAGUCCAGCCCCAAACUACCUUCAAGACAACCGGCAGAGCGGCUGGAGGAGAUCCAGACCAGCACCGAAGUGAGCGAUGACAACACCGUGCCCUACCUGCAGCACAUAAGCGACAGAGAGGUCCCUGACGAGCUGGCCUUGGAGUCUAACCCGUCGGACCACGCCCGAGCGAGCACCAUCUUCCUUAGCAAAUCUCAGACAGACGUACGAGACAAGAGGAAAAGCAACCACAUUAAUCAUAUCAGUCAUGUAUCUCCUGGUCCACUGUCGAAGAAAUACAGCUCCUGUUCCACAAUCUUCAUAGACGACAGCACCGUCAGCCAGCCAAACCUCAAAAGCACAAUCAAAUGUGUCACAUUAGCAAUAUACUACCACAUCAAAAACAGGGACUCAGACAAGUCACUGGACAUCUUUGAUGAGAAGUUGCACCCCUUAUCAAGAGAGCCAGUACCAGACGACUACUCCCGUGUCGACCCAGAACACAAGCUGAUCUACCGCUUUGUCAGGACGCUCUUCAGUGCUGCACAGCUCACCGCAGAAUGUGCCAUCGUCACACUUGUGUACUUGGAACGGCUGCUGACCUACGCUGAGCUGGAUAUCUGCCCCGCCAACUGGAAGCGCAUCGUCCUGGGAGCCAUCUUGUUGGCCUCCAAAGUCUGGGAUGACCAGGCUGUGUGGAAUGUCGACUACUGCCAGAUCCUUAAAGACAUCACUGUGGAGGACAUGAAUGAGAUGGAGCGUCACUUCCUGGAACUUCUCCAGUUCAAUAUCAACGUGCCAGCCAGUGUCUAUGCCAAGUACUACUUUGAUCUGCGGCAGCUGGCUGAUGACAACAACCUCAACUUCCCUCUGGAGCCUCUCAACAACCAGCGUGCCCAGAAACUAGAGGCCAUUUCAAGACUAUGUGAGGACAAGUAUAAGGACCUGAGCCGAGCAGCGAUGAGACGAUCCUUCAGCGCAGACAACCUGAUAGGUAUAAGACGCUCCAACGCUGUGCUCUCAUAGGCCAGAUUGCUGCCAUCUGCCCUCUGAUUUCCAAAGCCCAGCUAAUCCACAGCAAGCGCCAGACAAACAUGGCCACCUCACGGGGUCGACACAGCCACGUCAGGCAGGAGUCGGGCUAGAAAUGCUACUGUAUGACCUGCCCAAACGCUAAUUUGCAUCACAGCUGUAGAGCUGCAUGAUUGUGAAACCUAAAACUUUACCAUUGUUUUUACGAAUCCCUUAUUUAUUUCUUACUUGUCUGUCAUUUCCAAGGUAAAGAGUUAAACAGGACUGGCUGUGAUGCGGUCGAUCUCGGGAUUGUCAUAAAAACAUGUUUGAAUUAUUCCAUAUAGCCUUAAAGAAUGAGACUGGUGUUAGUCUCUAUUCUGUUACUCACCAAACCACAUGAAAAGACCAAAACUGAUUUUGUUUUAGUCCUAAUACUUUCUGAUUUCCCUACCUGUCUGUGGCACUCAGCCACAGGGCAGUUGGUUUGUACUGAAGACAAGGCUUCAGAAUUUCCUGAAGCAGCUGCUGUAGUAGUUUUUUUAUCAAAUGUCACUCAAACAGUAUGAAACGGUAAAUUUGUUGGACUAUUUUAGCAGUAAAUUAAUAUAUAUUUGUAGUAUCUGAGUGAUUAUUUCUGGCAGCAGAACAGUUAAUGUUGGACUGACUCAAAUUGAACUACAGUGUAUGUGUGUUAAUGGUAAUUAAAUGGAGGGAACAUCUCACCCACUGCAACAGUGUGGCUUGUUGAUGUGUUUUUAAUUGUUUCUGGAUGACAAAGGAGCUCCAUGGCUACACACACAAUCCUUGUUAGAUCAAUUUACUGCUGGUUUUGGUCUUCUCGUGGGAUUUGUUGACAAUAAAAGAAAUGUAGAAUAUCACCAGAGUUGUUCUUUUUAAUAGGCACAACAAAUACAAAAUGCUCUUUCUUGUAAAUUAGAAUUAAUAUCAAAAGUUACUUUGGAGAAUGUAAAUCAAACUUGUUUACUGUUAAUACCAGUGGUGUUGCAUUCUGUUUAUCCACCCAUUUGGAUUUAGCAUACAGCAUGUUUCAGAUGAGAAGUAUUACACUAUAAUUAUUCUACAGGAGUUGGCUGAAGUAAGCACACCCUCAGUCAGCUGUUGUCUGUUGUC